AUGGCUGGACGAGCUUUCAGAAAGUUGCUUUGGCUCUUUGACAGAGUCCUAAUUGAAAGGAGUGCUGCUGAAACUGUAACCAAAGGCAGCGUUAAGCUUCUAGAAAAGUUUCGAGAGAAAAUAUUGCAAGUAACAGUAGGGGUUGUGAGAUCAGGCAUGAAAGCAAAGGGUGGAGAUAUUCAACUGGUCCGUGUCAAAGUCGGUGGCAAAGUUCUUCUCCCAGAAUAUAGAGGCACCAAAAUAGUUCUAGACAACAAGGAUUAUUUAAAGUUUAGAGAUGGUGACAUUCUUGGGAAGUAA